AUGAACGAAGUGGCACUCCGAGCACUGCUAAACUCGCUGUUGACAUGCAGCGCGCUCUUCGAUGGUCAAAUGCCGAACUUGGCCGAGUUCAAGGUGUUCGAGUACGAAGGCGGGGGAAUCCGAAUGAAAACCUUGCACUGGAACGGGUCCUUUGCUUCGUAAGUUGGGGACUGCAAUUUUUGUGUUAUUUUCAUAAAGUGUGUAGACUUGCCCUUUUAUAGAAAGCGUUUCUUGGCGAAAAACUCCCUGUUGCACAGUGUAAGCCGCUUUUUCGGCAAAAAGGCUGAUUUUUAAUGCCUCUCUUUUAGAAGCCAGAUCCACAUCAGCGACACAAUAGAGGGCGCUAAUCUGCAGAUGGUUGUGAGUGGAGAAAAGAUUGAACUGGGUGGUCAGGUCACGGUCAAAAUUCGUGGUGGAUAUCUGGAGUAAGCUGCAUCUUCAAUUUAUAAGUGACGUAUUUUAGUCAUUGCCCCGUUGCCGGCGACACAAGUGCAGUCCGCAUAGUUAUCGAAAAAAGGCUAUGCAGUAGCACUUUCUUUGUUUACCGAAUCAAAGACCGGCUCUAUGCAAUUGGAUGGAACAAUUUCAUGGCUUCCCACAUUAUCAGUCUAGAUGGAAACGUCAUUGAACAUGGAACAACAUCUGUAAAGGGGAAGGAAAAUUUUGGUGUGAAUCAAACCAAAGGCACCUUUGUGUACAAAGACGGCUCAACGUGUCGAGAAGUCACCGUCGGUUCUCUGUCUUCAUCCUGGGAAUCCCGUUCAUGCGACGGCGAGAAGAUUACUCUGGUUCCCAAUGAAACAUCCGGAUGGCAUCACGUCGUAAGUUUUGGUCAAACAGUCGUUUUUUGGAACGUGAUGAUUUCAGCAGUACCUCCAAACCGUCCACGACUGCGAAUUGAACCGGACCAUUCCCCGAGACGAGCUCAAAAAUGUCUAUGCCCGGUUCCUGUAUAGGUAAGUGGAAGAAUAACAUUGUUUUGAUUGGUCUUUAGACCCCCGCCACCAAAGGCCCGCAGAAGAGGUCUGCUGACGGAGAGGGGAAAGGUGCUCGUCGGCCUCUCCGCCGGGUUCCUUGGAGUUGUUCUCAUCGCGUUUGUUGCUUCCGCCCCGUUCUGGGUAAGUUGUGGCUGAUGGGAUGUUUUCCGGCCUUGUUUCAGUGUGGGACCUGAUCCAGUGGCAAAAAAUGUACCAUUUUGCAUGCGGGAAGUCUCAAAAAUGUGGUAAAAUACCUCCCUCUCCAAGUGGAAAAAACUCCAAUUUCAAAAGCACGCCCACUCUUUUUGCGAGGCCCUUCAAAACAAAGUUUUUUCUCCUGUUGAGGGAAGCAUUUCGCCAGAUUUUUGAGACUUUCCGGAUGCAAAAUGGUACGUUUUUUGCCACUGGAUCAGGUCCCCCACUGUAUCCACCGUUUUCGCAGCCUGUUCGAAAUAUAACGUUGUGUUUUUUCAGUACAAAUGGUCGCCAUGGGGAGGCGCUUGGAGAAGAGGAAAGAAGCCCGUGCCAAAUACCGACCUCCAAGUAAGUUGUUUACUUUUGUGGAGUUUUGCGACUUUGUUUUCAAAGUCUAUGCUGUCUACUUUCAGUCGCCGUCUGAGGACUUACCGCGCGACUCGUACGGGUAAGAUUUGCAUUUUUUUUUGAUUUUACAAAGCUCAAAAGGCCAAUGAAAUGAGGCCCCUAGAAAAAGAACGAAGAGGCCCCCAAAAAUGAGAAAAAAAUUUCAAAACGAAAAAGUAGGAUGUAAGGCAUGUUAUACGAUGCAAAAUUUUUUAAUUUUACUUUUGUUGAUUGUAGUAAAUUGAAGUAAUCAGGUGAUUACAGUUUUGUGCAGGUUACGUGCUAUGCAUGUCUCGCUGUUUUUUUUCCAUUUUGCAUUUUUUCUCAUUGUAUAAAAUAUCAUUUGGAAAUAUUUUUUGAUUUUUUAAUGGGGGCAUCUUCGUUCAAAGGCGUCUUCGAUCGGAGCCUCUUCGUUUUUGGGGCCAGACAUGACUACUUCGGGGCCCUGGAAAAGUAGGCCCGGCCUGUUUUCUGCCAUGUCUGGCCCCCUCCGUAUUUUUGGGUCUUCUUCGUUCUGAGGGCCUCUACGCCUUGGGAGCCUUUUCUGUCUCAAUCGCGCAGUGCGAAAAGUUUUCUUUUGCACUUUUUGGCAUAUUCGACUGUACAGGGUGUACCAAUUUUUGGCCCCGAUUUGAAUUGGCUAUAACUUCUUUAAUUUUGGGCCAAAUUAAAAAAAAUCUUUUUCCUGAAUCCUCAGACGUCCCCCUUUUGUUUAAAACCAAAUGUGAUGUACAAAGGUAAGUCGAACAUACAGUUAUCGGCUGUUAUGUUUGGUUUCAUUUUUCGUUUGUAUUUUCGGUGGUUUUCGCGGUCUCUUCGGUCUGUGGAGUACAGCGUUGAAGAAAAAUCUUGGUCUGUCGUUUAGUAUGGAAAAUAUGGUUCUCCAACUGUUGUUCAAAGGGAGUAUCGGAAUAGGUAUGGACGAAACGCCCAACUUCCGGACCGUAAAACAAUUUCACGUUGGUGGAAACUGGAAGUGUGAACAAGAAACGGAAAGUCGGAAAAAAUGGGUACGAACGGAUCUGAAAGUUGAAGAAGUUUUGGCGAAAUUUUUUCCGACUUUUCUGUUUCUUGUUCACACUUCCAGUUUCCAGGAACCUCUUCCCCCAACGUGAAAUUGUUCUACGGUCCGGAAGUUGGGCGUUUCGUCCGUAUCUAUUCCGAACAACAGUUGGAGAACCACAUUUUCCAUACUAAACGACAGACCAAGGUUUUUCUUCAACGCUGUACUCCACAGACCGAAAAGACCGCGAAAACGACCGAAAAUACAACCAAAAAAUGAAACCAAACGUAAGAGCCGAUAACUGUAUGUUCCACUUACCUUUGUAUAUCAUAUUUGGUUUUAAACAAUAGGGGGACGUCUGAGGAUUCAGGAAAAAAGAAUUUUAAAAUUUGGCCCAAAAUUGAAGUUAUAGUCAAUUAAAAACGGGGCCGCAAAAUUGGUACACCCUGUAUUAUAUUUUCAGCAACGUUGACUGCAACUUGAGGAUGCGGAAACCUCAACACGAGACGCCGAAGGUCCUGGACUUGAAAGACAGCUUUAAAGACGAAGAUUUGGGAUUGCUGCUUCCGCAAACCAUCUUCGGCGGGGCUACCUAUCGCCAUGUUGCGAAGCUGAGUCACGGCAGAAUGAGCGUCGUCCACAAAUACAGGAUGAAUGACGAAGCGUUUGUCGCCAUCAAGCUCAUUGUCGUCAGGGACGAGAUGGAAAUGGAGCGGGCCAAACAGGAGGUAGCACUGCUCGAAUUCUUUAGGGACUGCAGGAAGGCUCACCCGAAGUGAGUUUGUGCAGAUUUUUUGAGUUAUGUUUCCAGCCAGCUCUCGAUACAUCGUUGUAUGCUUUGGGGGAGGGAAAAUGUAUUUGACAUAGAAAUAAAAAUGCCUUUUCCUAGAAAACUUUUUACAAGGAAGGCAGUUAUACGGGGUAUGGAGUUACAGGAUGAGGCAUGUCAAAAAAUUCGCAAAAUUUUCCUGAUUCAGAAUAUCUAAAAAUUAGCUGCCUAAUUUUGUUUGUGAGGGCGAAAAAAUCCUCACAUCAGAACUUUUCUCUCAACACCAUGCCUUUUUCAUUAAUCAAAUUUGAUAUUUUAAAGCUUGUCAAGAUGCCAGGGUUUAGCUCAAAACAAAGCUUUUGAUUUGGUAAAAACGUGGUCAAUAAGGCAUUUACGUGGUCUUGCGAGAAAACUUCUGAGGACAAAAACAUGUCAUUAGACCAAAAUUGGGCAGUUAAUUUUUGCACAUUCUGAAUCAGAAAAAUUGUGAGAAUUUUGAUAUGUCUUGUAACUCCAUGCUCCAUAGAAAUACUUUCCUUGUUAGAAAAGAAUCGUUUUUUCCAAAAAAGUGAAAUUCUUAGUAAACAUGGGUAUGAAGUUACUGCAAGAAAUACGACCAACGCGUUUUUUAAAUUCCUCUUUUUUUCAGAGAUUACGAAGAUUGGCACCUUGUAGGGGCAGGCGAUUGGGGCCACUAUCCGAAUCUUUACUUUUACGUCAUGCCUCUCUACGAACGCAGUAUUCAGGACGUGUUGAACGACCUUCCAAACGCAAAAUAUGGCCAGAAGCUGAACGUUUGUUAUCAAAUGCUGCAGGGAAUCCUGGAGUUGCAGCGUUUGGGAUACGCGCAUGGUGACCUGAAGCCCGCAAAUUACAUGCAGAAGAAGUUGGAUGAAAUCAAGGUGAGUUUGGUGGGGGAAUUGAAGUGGUGCAAGAUAGUAACAAUCAUUUAUUAUUAUUUUUUUGCACCAUGCGGACAAAAGUUUAAAAUUUCCCGUCGCACUGCACGUCAAACUGAGAUAAGCUAAAACAGUCCGGUGAACGGAUUGGCAAUUUGCCAAAAAAAGACGCGAAAAACCGUUUUGUCGGGGAAGAAAUGGGGAAUUUUUGGGGCGAGGGAGUACGCUUUUGCGUGUCUUUUUUUCUCUCUUUCUCUGGAAAUCAAGACGAAAUGUAAAAAACCGAUAGCGAAGGGUCUAUUCCGGUCACCGGACUCCUCAGUUUGACGUGCACUGUGCAAAAAAUCAAGAUGCACAGUGCAUUGAGACUUUUCGCGCCGUGGAAUUUCAAUUUUUCUGUUUUGGUCUUUUUUGCACGGUGCAGUGUUGUCGUUUUCCUUGUUACCCGAAAUUGCCUCGUUUUGUCCCGAAAACAAGAGAAUGCCCAAUUUUUUCAGCUUUACAUCGUGGGCUUUGGGUUUGUGCAGAAAUUUGGAGCGAAGCGUCCCGCCGGCUGUGGCACCCUCGAGUACAUGUCGCUGCCCGCCUUGCGUGGCCAGGAGGUGAGCAUGGUGGACGACAUGCAGUCCUGGUUCCACUGCUGUGUGGUGGUCCUGACGGGCGAGUUCGCCUAUUCUCGGCCAACCCCUGACGAAACCGAAGGCCUGGUCGAGUUGUAUUUGAAGGCUCAGACCGAGGACGUUCCACAGUUCCCUUCAAAGGAUGGCGAAAUCAUCGCAAAGCUCAGGGCCUUGAUCUGGGACAAGCCCCCGGGCAAUACGAUCGAUAUGGCCGCGGUUUCGAAGACUCUGGAUGAGGUGAGGCUUUAUUUUUAUUUAACUUUUAUAAAAAAGGAAUUUUAUUUUUAUUUUCAGUUCCGAGUCAAGUUCGAGUUCAAGUACACGGAUCCCUGGUGGGAUUCUCUCCCCGUGGAGAAACCAUCCAGCACCAAAUCCCGCAAGCAGGCUGAAACCACCCAAAAGUCCAAGAAACCAUAG